AAAUGUGUGAGUUCUUGAAGCCAUUUUAUGUCAUGACUAAUUUGAUUUCAGGUUCAUCUUAUCCAACUUCUAACCGUUACUUCAUGCAAGUUUGGAAAAUUGAAUGUUUGUUACAGGAAAAUGCCAAAAGUGAUGAUCUGACAAUUAAAGAUAUGGCAUUGAAUAUGAUGAACAAGUUUAGUAAGUAUUGGGAUCAUUAUUGUGACAUUCUUGCUAUUGGGGCUAUUCUUGAUCCACGAAUGAAGUUUGAAGCUAUUCGGUUCUGUUAUUCAAAGAUUGAUCCUUCUACAUGUGAAGAAAAGAUUAAUAUUUUAAAGGAGAAGAUGUACAAGUUGUUUGAAGAAUAUGUCAAAUUACAUUCAAAUGAGUCAAAUACUUCAAGUUCUCAAAUUUCCCCUUCAACACAUGUUGCUUCUUUUACAAAUGAUGAGCAAGUGAUGGAUGCAUUUGAUGAAUAUGUUGAUUAUUUGAGUCAACAUAUUAAUGAAACUGGAAGGUCUGAAUUGGAUCUUUAUUUAGAUGAAGGGAAUCUUGACCCAAAGUUUUUUGAUAAGUUGGAUGUAUUGAGUUAUUGGAGGGAUCGCCGAGAUCGUUAUCCAAACUUAUCUAAGAUGGCUUGUGACGUGCUUAGCAUUCCAAUCACUACAGUUGCUAGUGAGUCUGCCUUUAGUCUUGGUUCUCGUGUACUAACAAAAUAUCGUUCUUCCAUUCUUCCGGAGAAUGUUGAGGCACUCAUUUUAACUCAAAAUUGGUUGCAUGGUUUUGAAUUAACAGAUGGGGAUAAAGAAGAUGCUUCAACAGAUGAGUAUAUUUUGGAUUGCUCCAUUCAAGACUCUAAUGUUGUAGAUGGACAAGUGACAACAAUGAUUUAA